AUUUUUAUUGGACGGAAAAGUCAUUGAAUCAGCUGACGUCUUCCAUUCAGCCAAUCAAACAAAACGAGUUAUUUAUGAACAAUAUUGCAUUGGCAGCUUGUAUUUUAUUUAACUAUUAUGAUUGGCGCUCUCGGAUUGAGACGCUUGUCCCUAGGGAGUCUUGAACUAUGCCAUGGAUGUGCCUGUCAGACUUUGGCCAACAAGUUCAGUUCCACCUCUUCAAUCAGCUGCUCGCCCAAUGAAGAAUCCCCAAAUCGACCCAAGAAAGUAAGGAUGAAAUCCAAGGACACGCCUCUUCGGAUUUACACCCGAACCGGAGAUGGAGGCAACUCUUCGUUAUUUACCGGCGAGAGGAGGCCCAAGAGCGAUAUCAUCUUUGAAGCCUUGGGGUCGAUUGACGAACUAUCUUCGCAUAUCGGUCUAAGCAUGGAAUACGCUCAAGAAAACAAUCACGAUUAUGUAGAAAAUCUGCAACGAGUCCAAUGCAUAUUGCAAGAUGUGGGUUCCGCCCUAGCCACGCCUUUUUCCUCGGCCCGAAACACUCACCUUGAAAAGACGACCUUCAAUAAACGCCACACGGAGGAGCUUGAGGAGUGGAUUGAUCACUACACGAAAUUACUUCCUCCCUUAGAGAACUUCAUCUUGCCCGGAGGCGGAAAAACCUCGUCCUCACUCCAUAUUACUCGAUCUGUUUGUCGACGAGCCGAACGCCGAAUUGCGCCCUUAGCCUCGAAUGAAGAGGUGGAUAAAGAGUUGUUGAAGUACGUCAAUCGACUAUCUGAUUUCCUAUUUACCAUGGCUCGCUAUGCUGCUCAAACCGAUGAGAAGGAGGAAACCAUUUAUACACGACCAGAUGUGAGGAUAAAGGGACCGGAGUAUAGUGCCAGGGCCGAUGGUUUGUGGAAGAAAGCGUAGAUCACGUAGACUUUCGGCAACUUAAUUCAUUCUUCCUGUCGUGGCUGACAACUUCACUAUUUGUCAGAGCCUCUUGAUUGGUAUCUGAGCAAUACAAAAAAAAAUUGCCCUCGAA